UUUUGCUUCUUUUUUUUCUUUGAUCCUUUAAUCAAUAAAAUCGAGAAAGAAAGAAAGAAAGAAAACAAACAAACAAACAAAGCAAAAGAAAAGAAGGAUAUUACUUUGUUGUUUUGAAUUAUUAUUAAAAACUUUUUUUUAUUCUGGAUUGGGCAAAUUAAUUAUAAAUAAAAAUGGAGCAAAUUGAACAAGCUGUCAUGUAUGCUUUAGGUCCUCAAGUGGAUCCAAACUUGAAGGCCCAGGCAAAUGCUUAUUGUGAAUCUAUAAAGAAUUCUCCUGAUGGUUGGCAAGUCUGUUUGGAAUUAUUCAUGAAGGAACCUAAAGCGCUUCCUGAAGCAAGAUUCUUUGCACUUCAAGUACUAGAAAAUACACUUCAAACUAGAUUUGACACACUAGACUCUAAUGCUGUAGAUUAUAUUCGACGUAAUAUGAUGGAGUAUCUUGGAAGAGAGUUUGUUGACAACAAUAGUGCAAGCAAUGAAGAAUCAUUCAUUCGAAACAAGGUUGCUCAAUCACUCACACUCUUAUUCAUCCAUGUAUACCCUACUAUUUGGCCUACUUUCUUCAAAGACAUGAUGGCGCUCACAAAAGCACCUACGGGAGGCAGUCAUGAGAAAGCAGCAGAUUUCUUUGUUCGAUUAUGUAUCAGUAUUGAUGAAGAAAUUGCUCGUUUGGAUAUUCCUCGUACCCGCCAAGAAGUGAUUCGAAACACAAAUAUUAAAGAUACAAUGCGUAUGGGCGACGUUCAACUGCUUGCCUCUUAUUGGUUUGAGUUAUUGCAAGAAUUUAGAUCAACAAAUGCAAACAUCGCUCAACUGGUAUUGAAAAACAUUGGCUCUUACAUUGCUUGGAUGGAUAUUUCAUUGGUUGUCAAUGACCAGGUGAUGAAUGUAUUGUAUGAAUUACUCGGGGAUGCUAAUUUGCGUAUUCCUGCUUGUGAAUGUCUUGCAGACGUUAUAAGUAAGGGUAUGUUACCAAUGGAUAAGCUGAAUAUGAUUCAAAUGCUCAACAUUGUGGAUGUACUCGCUAGAUUGGAUUUGUCUGAGCCAGAGUUUGUAGAAUAUGUAGCUCGACUUGUCAAUGUCUUGGGCACAGAACUAUGCAAGAUAUAUACAGAGACUUCACUCCCAACAGAAGGAAAGGCUGCUGCUUGGGCUAUGAUUGAACAAAUGACGCCUUAUUUACUCAAAUUUUUGGCUAAUGAAUACGAUGAUACAUCAUCUGCUGUAUUCCCUUUUGUCAACGAUAUGCUUUAUAUCCUCAAAAAACAAAAGAAGCAGAUGCAAGCAUUUUCUCAAGGUCAACACGAAUUUUUGGGCUCUUUACUUAACGUUGUUAUCAUGAAGAUGAGAUAUGAUGAAGAAACUGACUGGGGAAAUGAUGAAGACGAACCUGAGGAAGAAGCUCUCUUUUUUGAAAUGAGAAAGAACUUGCGCAUCUUUACUGAACACAUUGCUGCAAUCAACGAAGAGCUCUAUGUUGGUUUUAUUCACUCAUUUGCGAUGGACAUAAUGAAUAAAUACAAAACAGGUACUGAGUUAGAUUGGCGUGAUGUUGAAUUAUGCCUUUAUGUACUCUAUUGCUACGGUGAGGCAUUAUCUAAAGCUUCUAUGGUUUUUGUAAAUGCCAAUGACACAUUGACACCAUUGGGUGAACUUAUAUCCGAAAUGGUUUCCUCAAAUAUUUCUGCCUAUCCUCACCCUUCAGCACCCUUACAGUACUUUGAAAACAUCGCUCGUUACUAUCAAUUCUUUGAACACCGACAAGAUCACCUUCCUCAAGCAUUAUCUGCCUUUGUUGAUCAUCGUGGCCUUCAUCACCCACUAAAGCAGAUUCGCACUCGUUGCUGGUAUCUCUUUCACCGUUUUGUAAAGAACCUGAAAUCACGUAUGGGACCUUAUGUGGAACAUGUUUUGUCAUCUAUUGGUGAUUUAUUAGCGAUCCAGGCCGAGCCUGUGGUGGAGACAAACACAAUGGAUGGAAUGCCGAUCCCUGCAGCUUCUACAUUUGACAGCCAACUAUACCUGUUUGAAACAGUGGGGUUAUUGAUUUCUUUGGAAGGAAAUAAUCCAAUGAAACAAACAGAGUAUCUCAAGAUUGUAUUAGAGCCUUUAGUAGAAGGAAUUCAAAAGUCAUUAUCACAGCCAUCUGAUGAUGAAUUAUUCAUGCUCCAAUUACACCACUACAUUAUGGCCAUUGGUAGUGUAGCCAAGGGAUAUCCUUCCUUGGAUAAGCCUUCAGAAAUACGCGAGCCCUGGACGCUUGUAUUUGUUCAAGCAACCGAAAUCAUUCUGAGCGCUUUGCAAGCAUACAGUCAGGCUCUCGUGAUUCGUGAUGCGGUGCGCUAUGCAUUCGCACGCUUGAUUACCUGUUUAGGUUCUCAGGUCUUGCCUUAUCUACCUAGUCUAAUCAACGGUCUGUUGACAGAAUGUCAAGUGACAGAACUAGUAGACUUUUUGCCUUUCAUAGGCCUUGUGGCACACAAAUACAAGCCAAUGGUUGAACCGAUCAUGGAUGAGCUUUUGGUACCUCUUGUGAAACGUGUCUUUGACUUCUUGAACACAGCACCUUCGGGUACGGACGAGGCUGUCCUUCUGCUCGAUCUUCGAAAGGCCUAUUUAAACUUUAUUACGAACCUAUUCAACGCCAACCUAGAAAGAGUGUUUAUUAGUGAACGCAACUUGGAACAUUUGAAUACCAUUCUACAGACGGUAUUACAUUUUGCAAAGGAUAACUCGGAUCCAACAACACAAAAAAUGUCAUUUGGUGUAUUCCUCAAGAUGGUCAAUUCCUGGGCUAACAAUCAUCCUGGAUUUGACAUAUUUGUAUAUAACGAAUUGAUACCGAUCACUUUCUCAGUACCUAUGAGUGCGGCAUUUAAUCUAUCUGAUGGACAGUCGAUUUUGGUAUUUGGAGAGAUUACAAGUAUCCAAAAGGCAAUGUGUGUAAAGCAAGGGGCUAAAUUUAUUGAAUACAUGAAGACUGUUUUCUUUCCGUCCAUUCAAUGCCCACCCGAGACAGCAGAGACAUACUGUCAAGCAGUCCAACAGUACGAUGGAAAGCAAUUUAAAAAGUACUUUCAGUCAUUUAUUACAGAAGCUAAACGUUAAAUUAAUAAUAUAAAAAGUCAAUUGUUAGAAUGUAAACACACAAUGUCUAUUAAAAGAUUUUAAAAAAGUAUAUAAAAUAUUACAUACUUCUAGACCCA